AUGCCGCACGGGAUUUCCGCGUUGGCGCCUACAGCCAACGGGGAUCCCUUCGAGCGCGAGAGAAAGGAUCCUCCGGCGUUCACGAUCCUUCAGAAGGAUGGCCUGGACACCAAUCUUCCGUUGCUGCACGUGAACGGCGACAACGAAAACAUCGAGCCGGACAGAGGCCGGCUGGAGAACGGGAACAACAAUUUGUACGAUCGGAAACGCAUCAGCAGAUCGAACGAUCACCUGAUCCAGGCGAGUCUGCAGUCGAAUCAGGUGAACCCUUUGAGGAAGAAACCGAGGAGCAAGAGCCAGGAGAGCUCGAGAUCGUUGGAGAAGGUUCCGGCGAUCAAGCCGGCGAUCACUCUGUCCACGGAGGAUUUCAACGAGGUCCUGAACGCGAAACUGAAGAGGAUUCAGGAUUUGGAGAAGGAGGAGCAACGCAAGAGCGCCAAGAGGAACCAAAUAUUCAGGAAGAAACCGUUUAUAACCACGGUGAAGACCGGGGAGUUUCUGAUGCCGCCGCCGGAAGUGGCUGCCCUACUCGGGAUCGGUCCGAAUCCCAACGACGCGGACGACACGGACAGUUUCACUUGCCCUCUGAGGUCGAGAUUCAAGUCCCUCGUGUCGCUGGCCAAGAAGCCGGAAGUACGUCACAGCAGCCACAAUGCCAGGUGUCCGGCUGCCCUCAAGGCCACCGUCGACUUCACCCUCGGAAUGAUGAACGCGACGACCAUGGCUGCCACGACCUUGGACGAACGAGCGAAGAUCGCCAAGAAGAACGACGCGACCGAUCAACCGGUUCCUUUCGGGAAUAUUAUGUUUGACCGACGCGUUGUACGUGGAAGCACGUUUGCUGCCCCUCCUAUCCUCAUCGAUGGCGAACAAUCGAUAGCGGCGAGACAGGCGGAAGCCAGAAGAAGACAUUUGGCUAGGAAACGGGCUCAAGCUCAGGCCACCAAGUCUCUAGUCGCAAGAUUAGGAUCACCGCCGCCUGUUCCUGGCCGCAAACACGAACCAGUGCAAACGGAAGUCUAUCUCGAGGAGCUGUUCGAGAAACCGGACGAGUUUAACGUCGCGACGCAAACCGACUACUUCUUGGACAGGCCGCCAACCCCGCAAUACUGUCCGAGCAAGGUUGGCGAAGAUGCCAGCACGCAGAUCGAACCCGGUGACCUGUUCGACUUCGAUUUCGAAGUGCAACCGAUACUGGAGCAGCUCGUGGGAAAGACGAUGGAGCAGGCGUUGAUAGAGGUCCUCGAGGAAGAGGAAAUCGCAGCCCUGAAGGAGCAGCAGAGGAAGUUCCUGGAGCUACGAGCCGCGGAAAAGGCUGAGGCUCAAAGGCUGGCGGAACAGGAAAGGAGACUAAGAGAAGAAAAGGAUCAACGGUUGAAGCAACACGAGAGGGCAAUGAAAGCUGAGAAAGAAACGGAGGAACGAGUCGCGGCGGCUACCAUCCUAACCGGAUAUAUCGCUGAACUACUUCCGGCGGUACUAGAAGGACUGAAGAUGUCCGGAUUCCUGCUGGACGAGAUCAAGGCUGACGUCGAGGAGGGCUUCGUGCCGUGGCUGAUGAAGGAGGUGAAGAAGGAAAUGGGCAACAUGAUCGAAAGCCGAGAACUUCUCAUGGAGAUCAUCAGAGAGAUUUUGGAGAAUCGAGCAGAGACGUAUAGGAAACUCGGCGAAGAGUACGACGCCUCGAGAAGACGGAAACCGUCGAUGGAGAAUCUGGAAAAUGGCGGCCACGAUCCGAAUUUCGUGAACUACCAACCACCCGUUAUCGAGAACAUGGACAUUGUUUAACGAGACGAUUCGUUGACCAGCCCUUUUACAGCGUAAGUCGAACACCGGCAAUGGACACCGGAGGAAGAAGUUUUUUCAACGGCAAAAGUGACUCGCGAACGAUUCGCAGCAAUAAUAGUUUCAUGAGAAACAUUGGAA